GGGCAGCGGCGGGGCGGCGGCGGGACGGCGAUGUGAGGCGGGACGGCGCCAUGUCGGGGUGCGCGUGGGGCGCGGCGCCGCCGCUGCUGGAGGCGCUGGGCCGGCUGUGGGAGGUGCAGGCGCCGCUGGGCAGCGGCUCCUCGGCCUCGGUGUACCGGGUGCGCUGCUGCGGGGACCCCCGGGCCCCCCCCGGCGCCGUCAAGGAGUUCGUGCCGCCCCCGGGGCCGCGGCCCGGGCCCGCUCGCCGUCCCGGCGCCCGCCCGCCCGUCGCCGACUGCGCCGAGUACGGGUUCCGCAAGGAGCGCGCCGCGCUGGAGCAGCUCCGCGGGCACCGCAACAUCGUGACACUCUAUGGCGUGUUCACCAACCAUUACUCUGCCAAUGGCCCGUCUCGCUGUCUGCUGCUGGAGCUGCUGGACAUCAGCGUGUCCGAGCUGCUGCUGCACUCCAGCAACCAGGGCUGCUCCAUGUGGAUGAUCCAGCACUGCGCCCGAGAUGUCCUGGAAGCCCUGGCCUUCCUGCACCACAAAGGCUACGUGCACGCAGACCUCAAGCCACGCAACAUCCUGUGGAGUGCAGAAGAGGAGUGCUUUAAGCUCAUUGACUUUGGACUUAGCUUCAAAGAGGGGAAUCAGGAUGUGAAAUAUAUUCAAACAGACGGGUAUCGGGCUCCAGAGGCAGAACUGCAGAACUGCCUGGCGCAGGCAGGGCUCCAGAGUGAGACUGAGUGUACCUCUGCUGUGGAUCUGUGGAGUCUGGGAAUCGUUUUACUGGAAAUGUUCUCAGGAAUGAAACUGAAACAUACAGUCCAAUCUCAGGAAUGGAAGACAAACAGUUCUGCCAUCAUUGAUCGCAUAUUUGCCAGUGAGGGGGUGGUUAAUUCAGCCAUUCCAGCUUAUCACCUCAGAGACCUUAUCAAAAGCAUGCUUCAUUGUGACCAAGGAAAACGAGCCUCUGCUGAGAAGGCUUUAUGCAGCCCGUUCUUCAGCAUUCCCUUUGCUCCCCAUAUUGAAGACUUGGUGAUGCUCCCCACACCUGUGCUGAGGCUGCUAAAUGUUCUAAGUGAUGCUUCUCUGCAGUGUGAAGAAGAAUAUGAAGAUAUCCUGGAAGACAUAAGGGAGGAGUGUCAGAAAUACGGACCGGUGGUUUCCUUGCUUAUUCCAAAGGAGAAUCCUGGUAAAGGCCAAGUCUUUGUUGAAUAUGCAAAUGCUGCUGAUUCCAAAGCUGCCCAAAAAAUGCUGACUGGAAAGAUUUUUGAUGGCAAGUUUGUUGUGGCUACGUUUUACCCACUGAGUGCCUAUAAGAGAGGAUAUCUGUACCAAAACUUGCUGUAGGCAGUAGCAACAAUCAGGAGAGUUGUCUUGCUCCUCUUCCUCAAGUGUUUUACAAUUGAAUGUGCAAAAGAGCUUCCUAGCCCUGCUUCUGAGUCAUCUGUGAAGGAGAGGUGCAAAGGACUUGAAUGGGCUUUGAAACUUUACUGCUGCUUCGUGAUGUGCUGGGGAGGCCGGGACCUUUCAGCGCUUGCUUGUGUGUGUGUUGUGCUUGCUCAUUUACAGGGGGUGUGGCUCUGCCCGGGGGGCAUCUGGGGGGCAGGAGUGUGGACCGCGGGAGCCCUGGAGGCCAAGCAGAUCCUGGCAAGGGUUUCUCAGUGAUUUGAAGCCAGACCAAAGUAUUGGCCUUAGUGCUGGGCUUGUCUCCGGGGAGAGGAUUUCUUUGUUAAGCUUUCCGAUAACCAAAUCCUCCUCUCCAGCGUUGGAGGAGGAGGAAGGCUUGCCUGCUUUUUGUUGAUACCUGUUAUAAAUAAAGAAGCAGAAACACCAUCCUCUCUAAACCAGACCAGGAGGACUUUUGAGUCUUCUCCUCACACAGAGCAGAGAGAGGCAAUGAAAUUGGAUCUGCUGAGCCUGUGGAUUUACCCUGUCCUCGUGACCUGAGCAGAGCCAUGCAGCUGAUGCUGGGCUGGGCAGUGACGUGUGGAUGAUGCUGCCUGUGGGGAGCUGAGCUUGCUUGUAUGCCUGGGGUGGGCUGGGACUGAUGGUGGAGACCUGGUCAGAGCAGUGCCAGCCUCAGUCCCAGCACAACCUGUAAGCACUUUGUAGCCUGAGUAGAUGUGAAAACCCUGCCAUGUGGAUUCAUCUUUCUAGCACAUACCCUGUGCUGGCACUGAUGCUCCCUAGCUCUGAUGCCAAAUUAUCUAUGAUAUGUAAGCGUCUUUCGGUGAUAUUUUUGGAAAGGAGUGCUACAGCACACAGCAGGACCCCUGCCUUAGGAGUCUUAUAAGAACAAAUAUUUGUCUGUUGUAGGUCCCACGCUUGCUUUUCUGUGUUGUGCGGUUUGGUUUUGCAUUAACCCAGUAAGACUUGUAGAUUAGAAGCACUGACACUUUUGGUCCUUCAAAGGUUACAAAAAGGGCUUGAGGCAAUCUCAGAUCCUGUAGGGAAAGGGCUUAAUCAGUCAUCAGACUGGACUGGCCAGGAGAAGGUCUUUCGCAGUGUCAGGGACAACAGCCACAUGCCUUUGGGGAAGACCCUGUGGCGAGCAGCAUCACUUCCCCCCGGAGCACGUUUCAGUCAGCUGCUGCCAUGGGGCAGGCAGAGGCUGUUUCCCAGGGAUUUCCAAACCCAUGCGCCUGGCAGAGCCUCUCCCUCCAGGGUGGGCACUCUGCUCCUGAUGGGCACAGUGUGAAACAGCCCUGUUUAGAGAGUCACCAGUGUAUUCUGACUUGUAGUCUUGGUCCCAGUUUUAGUGAGGAGGAAAGCCCUCCUGAAUUCUUUUCAGACUAAAUACUUGCGGACAGCUGCUUGAACCAUCCCUGACCAUCCCUGGAAUAAUACCUGAAUUACCUUGCAGUUUACUGUUUCCAUCUUGCUGAUGCUGGACUUGAUGGAAUCCUACACUUAAAAAGUUCCUCUUGAUUUUUUGCCCUGUGUGUGUUGUGUCAGGAGAUCCAAUGUCUGUAGCAUUUCAUGAGUCUGAGUUGCUCUCUGUGCUGGUGUAUAGUGCUGUCUACUGUGGCCCUUACCAAACUCCCUCAGAAAGGACCAAUCUGAAUUCUUCUGUUGCCUUUGAGAUGGUGGGCUUGCCAGGGAAAAGAAAAAAAAUAAAAUCCACAAUGAGUUUUAAGGUGCAAUUUGCUGAUCAGAUUUUUCUGGGAAUGAUGCUGCUUUGGUGUACGUAGCUGUUCAGCAGCCUUUGCAUAGGUGGGGUGUGUGAUUCAUUGCUUUUAAUUUAACUGUCCUUUGAGUGAAGCACCUUUUAGUGUCUGGGAGGAAUUGAAUGGUAACUGGGUGAGGGUUUUUGCUGUGUGGAGAGCAGUGUUUAAAGUAUGGUUGGGUCUUGGCUGACCUCCUCAGCUCUGCGUUACUGCUGUCCCUGCGAGUUGAGCCAGAGGUCAAAGCGCUUUGGUCCAGACAUGCACGUGUUGAAUGCCACCAUAUCAGAAGCAUUGAGCUGGCAGGAGCAGCCCAAAGCUCCUGCUCUGCGAAGUGCCAGCCCAGGUGGGGCCACAGGGAGCUCCCUGGGUGCAGAGUGUGAGGUCUGUCACCUACAGCAACACUGGGACAGGGGCGUGCUGGGGUGCAGGUAUGUGAUGUGUUCAAAGUUCUCACAUGCAUUUGUCUAGGAUUGUGAGCUGCUCUGUCAUCUUUCAAGCAUGACUUUUUCAGUCAGAAUUCUUACAACUAAAGAUAGAGCUGUGCCAGGAUUGAUCUUCAGAGAGGAGCUACAGCCUGUUCCUGCAGCAUGGCAGCUCUUCCACCAGAGUUGGGCAGGGAUUUUGUUCAGCUUCUUUAACAGGGGCUAAAUAAAUCCUCAUGAUGCAAACUCCUGCUACCAAGACAUUUUUCUCCAGAUGUUCAUUGACCAGGCUUGAGCACUGAGCUGGGUAAAAAAACCCAAAGCUGCUUUUCUUUAAAGUCUUCAAAGACUUUUUCUAUCAAGAUGAAGCUCACUCUGGUGUCUCGGUGACCUGUUGGUGUCUUGGCAUAAGUUUUAGCCCUGCUAAAACCUUUGAGUUCCUUAACUCUAGAUUGUAUCUGAAGUGUGCACGGUGAUUCAGUCCAAGGUGCUUGUUGUGGUGUGUCUGGGAUGGGCCUGGCUUUCCUCAUCUCCAGAUUACUGCUUGCUUGAGGUACACAGCUGUUGAGGCUUUCUUCUCAGAUGCUCGCUGGGUUUCCUGGUCUGUGCCAAUAACCCUCAGUGUGGCACUGACCUACACAGUCCUACCCUAGCUGUAGGGUAACUAGUGUUUAAAUCACUGGCCAAAGCACAAGUCAGCCCCUAGCUGUAUUCCUAAUUUUAUUCUCACUGGUCUUCAGCCUCGUAACAACAUAACCUGAGCACCCUGUUGUAGCCAGGUUCCUUCCAGAGGGUUCAGUACACUUCCUGCUGCUGUGCCGGAUCCUGUAACCACGUGCCUCCCUUCAGGUUAGGUGUCAAUUGUGGUAUCCCAUCACGCACCAUUGCUGAGCAGAUGUGUGCUUAAUAAACAGGUGAUUAAUAAACAAUGCUUCAGUACGA